AUGGAACUCAUAGAAGGAAACUACACCUUGGUGACUGAAUUUAUUUUAUUAGGGUUUCCAACAGGUCCUGCACUACAGGGUGUCCUUUUCCUCGUGUUUCUGUUGUUAUAUGGUAUGAUUCUCACUGGAAACAUUGGUUUGAUGGUUUUAAUCAGGAUAGAUCCCCGUCUUCAAACUCCCAUGUAUUUUUUUCUUAGCAAUCUAUCCUUUGUAGAUCUUUGCUAUUCUUCAGUCAUAGUUCCCAAAAUGCUUGUCAAUUUCCUCUCAAAGAACAAAUCUAUAUCUUAUUACGGCUGCGCCCUGCAGUUUUAUUUUUUCUGUACCUUCGCGGACACAGAGUCCUUCAUCUUGGCUGCCAUGGCCUAUGAUCGCUACGUUGCCAUCUGUAACCCUCUGCUGUAUACAGUGGUGAUGUCCCGCAGAAUCUGUGUGUGGCUCAUUGUCUUGUCCUACAUCGGCGGCAACAUGAGCUCCCUGGUCCACACAUCCUUUGCAUUUAUUCUGAAAUAUUGUGACAAAAACGUGAUUAAUCAUUUCUUCUGUGACCUUCCUCCACUGCUCAAGCUCUCCUGCUCUGACACCUCUGUUAAUGAGUGGCUCCUCUCCACGUAUGGCAGCUCCGUGGAAAUCAUCUGUUUUAUCAUCAUCAUCAUCUCCUAUUAUUUUAUUCUGCUCUCAGUUUUAAAGAUCCGCUCCUCCAGUGGGAGGAAGAAAACCUUCUCCACCUGUGCCUCUCAUCUGACCUCAGUGGCCAUCUAUCAGGGAACUCUGCUGUUUAUUUACUCAAGGCCCAGCUCCCUCUAUUCUCCCAGCACGGAUAAAAUAAUCUCUGUGUUUUAUACCAUCGUCAUCCCAGUUCUAAAUCCGCUCAUUUACAGUUUGAGAAACAAAGAUGUGAAAGAUGCAGCUAAGAAAGCUUUCAGAUCAAAGACAAAUUCCUCAUGA